CUGCAUGUGGUAGAUGCCUGACUGUCCACUUUAUGUGGGUUGAUAACCAAUAGUCUGUAUGUAGUAGAUGCCAGACUGUCCACUUUAUGUGAGUUGAUAACCAAUAGUCUGUAUGUAGUAGAUGCCAGACUGUCCACUUUAUGUAGGGUGAUAACCAAUAGUCUGUAUGUAGUGGAUGCCAGACUGUCCACUUUAAGUAGGGUGAUAAACAAUAGUCUGUAUAUAGUAGAUGCCAGACUGUCCACUUUAUAUGAGUUGAUAACCAAUAGUCUGUAUGUAGUAGAUGCCAGACUGUCCACUUUAUGUGAGUUGAUAACCAAUAGUCUGUAUAUGUAGUAGAUGCCAGACUGUCCACUUUAUGUGGGGUGAUAACCAAUAGCCUGUAUGUAGUAGAUGUCAUACUGUCCACUUUAUGUGAGUUGAUAAUCAAUAGUCUGUAUGUAAUAGAUGCCAGACUGUCCACUUUAUGUGGGGUGAUAACCAAUAGUCUGUAUGUAGUAGAUGCCAGACUGUCCACUUUAUGUGAGUUGAUAACCAAUAGUCUGUAUGUAGUAGAUGUCAUACUGUCCACUUUAUGAACAUUCUACAGAGGGUGAAAGUGAUACGAAACUUAAUGAGGAAUACAAGAAAGAUGACCUGCCAAGUAGUAAUGAUUUACCAGUGUCCAACGCAACUGUAAAGGUUUCGGAAACAAAGCAGAAGGCUAGUAUUGACGAGAGAAAUAAGGAAGACAGUAUUGCGAACACUCUCGUGGAAGACCACUUCGCUAAAUCACUCAAAACUAGUGAUGCGUUGAAGUCAAUCAAAGGGUUGCGUCCCACACGGAAGACAACAGACCAGGGAACUAUAGACUCUAUCGAGGAGCACUUUAAGAAGUCUCUAAUGAUGCUGAAUGAUAAGAUAAUAGCGGAUAAGGUCGGCGGAGAGUCCCUGGUGGAAAAUAACUCUGUGAAGCGAUUAAGGAACAAAGUAAUGAAAUGUGCAUCGCAGGCACAUAUAAAGCACAGACACAAUUUUAAAUGCCACAUUUGCCAGUCAAUAUUCUUUACAAGGAGUGAUGAUUUGCUUGAGCACGUGCGCGCUUACCACCCGAACAGUGUAAGUCUGGCAGUACUUUAUACGAAGCCCGAAUCAAGUACCGAGUGGGGAGGCGAAGCUUUGGAUCAUUUAAAUAGUCCUCAAUGUCUAGAUAGCGUUGAUAGUGAUAAAUCAAAUAUUUUGAUGAAAGAUGAAAAUGCAGAAUCACCAAAAAAAUCUGCAUUAAACGGAUCGUUUUCUGAAUAUCAUUCUGAUGUGCACGCAGCGAGGCGUACAAAAGAACUGAGAAGACUCGAGUCUGAAAUAAAGGUUUUCCCAGAGUCAUCAACCGAAUCGUCAACUCUUGGAAGCGGUUGCGCUAGUGGUACCUCUGAUUUGGAAAACGGUUUAAUGUGUCAUAUUUGCAAUACUUCGUUCACAACAAAUGUAGCAUCACUGGAGCAUGCUAUUGCCAGCCAUCCCAAGCCAUACAAAUGCAAAGAUUGUGGACGGUGCUUCCGACUUCUUGGACAUCUGUACAGUCAUCUACAGACUCAUUCCAAGAGAAAGGGCCGCGAAGUCAAGGCUUUUGAGUACGAAAUAAAUACUAAGGCGCCAUCAAAGAGGGUCAGGGUGCAUCAGUUACCUGGAAUAAAGCUGGAUAAAAGUGAAUAUCGAAAGGCUAAGAGGGAAGUUGCAGAAAAACGUCAUCUGACUAAGCAAGCAAAGGUAGAGAAGGAAGAGGACACUAUUGAAAUGGAUGGCAUCCACACAACGCAGGGAUUGGAAGGUGAAUAUGAGACAGAGAAAGAAGCUAAGAGUUCCGCUACAUUUCUCAGGAAUCGUAAACUACGCGAGGAUACUAGUUGCCCAUUUAAUGAAAACGGUAUAUCCCAGUCAAAUGGAAAUGAAAAAGAGAAGGGCAACAGGAAAAGCUUGUUGGAUUACAGAGACGAAGAUCAGAAGAGUAUUGGGGAAGAUCGCGUGAAUUACCAUAAUGAUGACGAGUCUACCUUCAUAAAUAGCCGUGAAGUGAAGUUGGAAAAAGGGAAAAAUCAAGCGUGGGAGGACCUACGGUCCGUUAAUGCACAUACUUUCGAUGUAAAGCUAUUCAAGGAAGCAGACGAAAGUUAUCCACUAAGUGAAAAACCGUUAAAUGCACCUGAAAGAGUUCCCGUGAAAGAAGAAAAACGAGAUAAUAGUUUGAUAACGGAAAUCACUGAGGAACAAAGUGCCGACUUUCCUGGCGCCAUGAUUCAUCCAAACACGAACGUUCUACCUUUAGCUAGCGAUGAUAGCCGUGCUCAUACAGGAAAGAAUCGGACAUACCCGAGCAAGCCAUGCAAGUGCAAGGAAUGCGGGAGAAGUUUUCGUUACCGUGGUCACUUAUCGAGCCACCAGCGCAUCCAUUCCGGCGAGAAACCCUACGAGUGUGAUAUAUGCGGAAGGAGGUUUCGUCAAUCCGGGACAUUGUUACGUCACAAGAAGAUCCAUUUAAUGGAAUGUCCAAGUGUAAUGUCAUCUCCAAAUAAGGAGUUUGGAGAACUGGAACAGAGAAGUGAAAGUGCUCCUCAAGAUAAUCCAGAAAAGGCACGUAAAGGGAAGAGAAGAUACGCAGACUCAAAGGGCAAAGUCAAGGCAAACUUUGGAGAAAUGGGUGACGGUUAUAGUGAUGGGGAGGGCGUGGAUAAUAAACACGGAGACAUAGAGAGCGAUACUGGCUCAAGCGACAGUGGUUCCUCAUCUGAGGUGGGAACCAUCAUUGUUCAAGAGAAUGGACGAUGCGUGGUUCAAAUGGUCUCAGAUUUGAAAAAGAAGCCAAGGAAUUAUGAAAUUACGCAUAAAACUAAAAAGGUUUUCUUAGGUAAAGAGGAAUUCAAAAUUAGAAAUUCCACACAAGAGCAUAAUGGAGUAGGAAUGUGGAAUAUGGAACGCUCAAGUGUGCUGUUCGAAGAUGUCGAAGGAGAACAAAGUACAAACGAGGAAGAGAUAAUGCCUGAAGCAUUGAACGACACCAAACGUCCAGAAAGGUAUGAUUUUAUAAAGAAACCAUUCAAGUGCGUUGAUUGCGGAGCAUGUUUCCGGUUCAAAAGUCAUUUGGAAAGUCACGCAAUGCGACAUUCUGGUGAGAAGCCCUUUAAGUGCGCGCACUGCGAGAGGCUCUUCCGUCAGGCCAGUACCCUGGUGAGACAUGUGCGCACGCACACGAGACUUAGACCUUGCUCCUGUACGAACCCUUCCUCGAACAUGAAAUUUGUCAAUCAUGUUCACGAGGGCGAGAAGCCAUUUCAGUGCCAUUACUGCAUGGAAACAUUCCACUUGACCAAUGACCUCGUGCAACAUGUCAGAGUGCAUUUUGGGAAAUCCCCUGGAAAGCCGUAACAGUAACAUAACAGGCAACACCAUGAGUAACGCUGCGAUACGCAACGCCUACCUUGUGUCACGCAACACCUCCAAUGAGUCACACUACGUCACGCAAUACCUAUCUUAUGUCACGCAACCCCCCCCAAUGUGUCACGCUACGUCAUGCAAUACCUACCUUGUGUCACGCAACAGAUCCAAUGUGUCACGCUGUGUCACGAAAUAUAUAUCAUACAUUACGCAAAAGAGCCCAGAGUUGAAACAGUAAUGUAUAUCUUUUUAAGUGGUUUUAAUCAUUAAGCAUAGCUUCAAAUAUUGGAAUGUUGAGAAAGUUUAGAGGUAAACAAGUUUUAUAAGUCUUACAAUAUUUAUCCCAGGAAAACUCGCUCAGUUCAUAAAACAUGCGGUCCUAUUUUAAUUUUAAAACAUAUUUAUGAGCGUUCACUCGAAGGAGAAGUCAUCACAUUGAUAAUCAUAUAAACUAUUGUAUAAAAAUCAAACAUCCUGUAACAUUAUUUGAGAAUUAAAAAUAUUUAAGAAUA